AUGUGGCUCUUCCGACUCGAAUUCCUGACAGCCUACAUGUCAGACGCCGUCGUCAACGGCUUCAUGUUCGGGGCAGCGGUACAUUCGGCUAGAUCUCAAAUACCUGCACUGCUCGGCAUAAAAGUACCCAAUCGAGACUCGGAAUUCUUCAUGAUAAUCUAUCAACUAAUCGACAUCUGCAAAAAGAUUCCGGAUGUGAAUCUCUACGUACUGGGGAUCUCUGCGGUUUCCAUAACUUUCCUGGUGACUUGCAAGAUGCUGACCGACAAGUACUGGCCGUUCAAGAAGAUUCCAUUUCCGUCAGAGUUGAUUUUGCUAAUCUCCGCCACAAUCUUCUCCUAUUUCGUCGAAAUUCACAAGCACUGGAAAGUCAGCAUCAUUGAGGAUAUCCCCACUGGCUUCCCUCCAUUCACCUUCCCAAAACUGGCCCUAUUUCCCGCACUUCUUUCUUAUGGAAUCUCCAUUGCGGUGGUCGCUUUUGCCAUUACAGUAUCGAUGGGUAAAAUGUUUGCGAAGAAACAUGGUUAUACGAUUUAUCCGAAUCAGGAACUCCUAGCCCUCGGCUCCUUAUCUGUAAUUUCGUCAAUGUUCAACGUUUUUCCUACAAGCUGCUCUUUGUCAAGAACACUUGUAAACGAAGCAUCAGGCGCAAAAUCACAGGUUUCUGGCGUUGUAUCGGCUGGAAUUACACUGAUUGUCAUUCUCUUUGUCGGGCCAUUGCUGGAAUCGUUGCCGAUGUGCGUAUUGAGCUCGAUCGUAAUCGUAGCUCUACGAUCUUUAAUGAUGAAAGUUCAAGAAGUUCCGCCAUUGGGGAGGAUUUCAAAGAUCGAUUGCGCCGUUUGGGUGAUCACAGCAGCGGCAGUACUCGGCUACGACAUUGUAGAAGGUUUGGUGGUUGGUGUUGUGGUGGCUGUAUUGAGUGUGAUUGCACGCAGUCAAUGGCCUCCACUCAAUGAGAUUGGCCGAUUGCCGAGUGGUGAUUUUCGGGUGGCAAAUCGGUACGAUUCGGCCGCUGCUCCGAUCGUCCCGGUGAUACGCUUCGACGCCCCGCUCAUCUUCACCAACGUCGAGCGCUUCAAGCGAGCCAUUCGUCAUGAAAUUGCGACGCUAUCAAGAGUCUACGUAACGGCCCCUGAAAAACUACCACUCCCCGACGAGAAUGAUGUCGUCAAAAAUGAGUCCAACGUCCAUUGGGACGUCGUGAUUCUCGACUGCAGUACCUGGGUGUAUACGGAUUCCAUGGGGAUUGAGGCGGUUAAGGAGUUGAUACUCGAGAUGCUUUCCAAAAAUACGCUGGUCCUGUUUUCGGAAGUUAGGAGUUUCUGGCGUUGUAUCGGCUGGAAUUACACUGAUUGUCAUUCUCUUUGUCGGGCCAUUGCUGGAAUCGUUGCCGAUGUGCGUAUUGAGCUCGAUCAAGUUCCGCCAUUGGGGAGGAUUUCAAAGAUCGAUUGCGCCGUUUGGGUGAUCACAGCAGCGGCAGUACUCGGCUACGACAUUGUAGAAGGUUUGGUGGUUGGUGUUGUGGUGGCUGUAUUGAGUGUGAUUGCACGCAGUCAAUGGCCUCCACUCAAUGAGAUUGGCCGAUUGCCGAGUGGUGAUUUUCGGGUGGCAAAUCGGUACGAUUCGGCCGCUGCUCCGAUCGUCCCGGUGAUACGCUUCGACGCCCCGCUCAUCUUCACCAACGUCGAGCGCUUCAAGCGAGCCAUUCGUCAUGAAAUUGCGACGCUAUCAAGAGUCUACUCCAACGUCCAUUGGGACGUCGUGAUUCUCGACUGCAGUACCUGGGUGUAUACGGAUUCCAUGGGGAUUGAGGCGGUUAAGGAGUUGAUACUCGAGAUGCUUUCCAAAAAUACGCUGGUCCUGUUUUCGGAAGUUAGGAGUGCCGUCCUGAUGCAAUACCGAAAAGCUGGACUUUUCGAGGUGGCUAGCGAGGACCAAUUCUACCCAUCGACCGCCCAUGCUUUGGAAGUGGCAGAGGUGGUGCUAAUUAAUGGCUCAAAAUUCAUCGAAGCAGCCGGACUGGGCGAUAAGUUGAGAAGAUGCUCCCUUCGAUCCUAUGAC